AUGGAAUCAACCUCUACCUCUACCACUCAAUCCCCAACCUCUAGUGCCUUACCCUCUCAACCUUUACCCGACCCCAAAGGUGGCAUCAAUGCCAUCACAAUUCAUGAAGAGCUAAGUCCAAUAGAGGUCACUCAACAUGAGGAUGUGGUUGAGAUAAAAAAAGUCAAAGCGGAGGAUGAAGCCCAAGAGAUAGUUGAAGAAGUGAUUGCUCAACCAAGGGGUGGAAUUUCCAAGGAUGGAAAUGUCUUACAAAAAGCUACUCUAAUUUCAUUUCCUACAUUGGCAAGGAAAACCAAGAAGCGAGUUGAGUUGGAUCCCAAAAUGGUGGAGAUAUUCAAGAAAGUUGAGGUAACUAUUCCUCUCUAUGAUUCUAUCCGCCAAGUACCUAAAUAUGCCAAGUUUCUAAAGGACCUAUGCAUGAACAAGGAGAAGCUUAAUGAUUUAGAAACUAUUCCAUUGGGAAGCUCAAUCUUCGCUUUAAUGGAUGAUGUGUCGGAGAAGUGUAGUGACCCCGGCCCUUGCCUAGUAACUUGCACCAUAGAUGGAGUCCAAUUUGUUGAUUGCAUGUGCAAUCUUGGCGCUUGUGUGAGUAUUAUGCCCUUGUGCGUCUAUGAGGUCUUAAAGCUUCCGCCAUUGAAACGGUCGGCCGCCCGGUUUAUUUUGGCAGGCAAAAGCAUAAUUUCCGUAGUUGGUAUUGCGGAGGAUGUUCUAGUGACUAUAAAGGGGUUGGUCUUCCCGAUUGAUUUUCAUAUUCUUAAGAUGCCCCCUAGUGAUUCCGGGAGGACCUCAUCUAUCUUGCUUGGGAGGCCGUUCUUGAAGACUUCUCGGUUUAAAUUAGAUGCGUUUUUGGGUACCUACUCGUUUGAGAUCAAUAGAAGAGAAGUGAGCUUUAAUCUUGAUGAAGCCAUGAGACAUCCACCGUAG